UCCGAUCAGAUCCCUUUGAUCUCCCUUGCGUUUCAGGUUGAGAUAACCGUCUGACCCGAAUCGAAGUCCCCUUUCUCUCUGAAUCUGCUACUUGCAACCUGAUGAAAGCGAACAAGGCCGCUCCACACAACAGGUUGCUCUAAUCAACGUUCUCUGUUAACAACGUCGUAUUGGCUCGCCAGGCACACCAAUGUCUUCACUAUCUGCUCAACCGACAGGAACAGCAGUCAGCCUGGAAGAAUCAUACAAGGACGUUACCGAAUGGUAUGCCUCGAGGACCACAGUCAAUGAUGCGUCGAGUUUUCGGGUGCUGGCUGUAUCAUUACUGAUCCUGCCUUGGAUCGUCUUGGGAUUCUUUGCUUUCAUCAAGUUCAACCCGAAUACAUUUCUGACUCCGAGAAUCCGCAAGCCUAAGGGUGGAGUUGUGGACGCGGACUUCGACCCCAACGGAUGGCUGAGGAAUUACUUCCUCAAGUCGGAGAUUGAUUGGCUGAAGUAUGGUAUCCCAUACAAAAAGAAGCCUUGGAGUUUCGACAAUAUCGUCGUACUCCGCUUCACGCGCGUCCUGUUUCACCUCAUGUGUGUCAUCGCGGUGCUUGCCGGAACGACUUUGAUACCUACAUAUAAUACCAACACCGCCUCGAUGAACACAUCAUUCUUCAACGAGACGUAUGCCAAUGCCACCGGUACCAACGCGGCGACCUCGGCCGCAGACAAAGCUCAGUCUUUUCUGUAUUUCGAUCAAUUGAACGCCAAGAUCACCAACAUAGACGAAGAGCUGCUGUGGUACCCGGUGGGCGUUUGCGCUGCCAUCACUUUGAUCGUGCAGCUCACAUUGAUAUACCAUACUAGAAGUCUCACGAGACUAAAGUGUCAAUGGCUAGCCUCGCGCGGAGAUGUCUAUCUAAGGACUCUGAUUUUUAGGAAUUUGCAUGGUUACGGCAAGAAACUAUCGGAUCAGUCGUUCCAAGAGCGCUUGCAGUCUUCCUUUCAAGCCAUGGGUUUGCCAGCUCCCGACGUUGCCCAGUCGUUUAAAUUGAAGGACUCUUUUGCUGAAGGAAUCGUCAGGACCGCCUUCAGGAGGAUCUGCUGUUGCGGGGACAGCAAGUCAGACGAGACAUCUGGCUUCCUGACAGGCGGCGGGAAAAGGAAGGCCCUGUACCACUUAACUGUGCGUAUCAACAAGAUGGUCACAAGGUUGGAAAAAACUGUCGCAGGCUACCACAUGAGACGGGAAGAACUGGCCCCGAUUGAUGGCAGAAUGCUUUCGACUACUAGAGCAUAUCCUGAUGGCCCAGUCAUUCGUACGAUCGUCAAAUCGCUCAUGUCCGAGAAGAAAGGGAAGACGAGUAUUCUACACGUACUAGCGAAAUCGGUCAGAACAUCACAAACUUACCGAGCAAUAAAGGCGCGCUGCACAUCGUUGCGGAGUAAUUGCCAUAAACUACGCGUUAAUCAGUUACACGCAGCAAUUGGGGCUCUCUAUAGCUUGGUAGAUAAGAGCGGCAAUAAUAACGAGAAGGCUGUGACCAAAUGCAACCUGGAAUGGAUAUCGACACUCGUGGCCAAGCAAGAGCAUCCGGAGGCUCGAUCCGCCUUUCCCAAAUUUUGUGAACAGCUUCUCAAGCAUCGAGCAUUAAGACGACAAUAUGCUAUGCGACGCAAGCUCAAGUCGGCCGUCAAAGAGGAACCAGAUGGUUAUAUCUCUUGCAUCCUGCCCACAAUUCCUGUCGCUUAUGGAGCUCUCAGAGCCAUCAAGCGGCUGGGUCAUUUCCGGCUCUUGAAAAGAAAAGAUCCAGAUGGCGGUUACACCAAAAUAGCUGUGAAAGACCAUAUCAUCUGCGCUGGACCCGUCAGGGACAUGCAAUGGGAUAGCCUCGGAGAUACGAAACUUCAAGCCCUCAAGCGCCAGAUCAUGUUUUUUGUGACUUUCUGCUCGACUGUUCUGAUCGUGACCGGUCCGGUCACCCUUCUGGCCGCUGGCACAGCCAAAUUUGCAUAUAUUGGUAGGAUCUUUCCAUUCAUGGAGGGAUGGGUGGACAGGCACCCUCAAGUCGUGGCUACCAUAUCGCUGGUUUUGCCCAUUGUAAUCAUGGCUUUGGUCAAUGGUGUUCUGGUGCCGUUUCUGGUGGAAGAGUCGGCAAUUUUCAAGGGCGAGAUAAGCCACUCUGUGAUGAAUCGGUCGGUUAUGAAGUACCUGUACUUCUUCCAGGUCUGCCAAACUUUCGUGCUUUUCAUCCUAUUCGGAUCUGUCGUCGCAUUCCUCACCAAUUUUUUGCAACUCCUGCGGAGUCGCCAGUACGAUCAAAUUCUUCCGAGUCUCCUUGAAACGAUGAAACACUCACCUCGCGAAAUCACGAAUUCUUCCACCUACUGGUUGGCAUGGCUUGCAAUGCAAAGCGACUUCGCUUUCUUCGGAUUCCUGUUUGGCUGGAAAGAGCGAUUCUUUCGGUGGUGGAACGAUUAUUGCACGAAAGUGCCAGUCCCGCGAGACGAGUUUAAUCUUCAAUUGGCUGAGCCUUUUGAUUUAGGCUAUCGAAUGUCAAACGUGAUAUUUCAAAUGACAGUAGCGUUGAUCAUGGUGCCGAUCGCUCCACUGUGCGCCAUCAUAGCCAUCAUCAUGCUUUUCUGGACAUACAGCUCGUACAAAUUCCAAAUACUGAUCAUCUGUCAGGACGACUGGGAAGGUCGCGGUGGCGUGUGGGAGACAUUAUGUUCGCUAUUGCAAGCCGGCCUGGGCAUCAUGCAUGUCAUAUUGGCAGGUGUGUUAGCAUACCAUGGUCAAUCAUGGAUCCUUCCGAUCGGGGCUCUUGCUCCACUCGCGCUCCUUUUGCUGGCGAACCCGACUAUCUUCAAAAGAGAACACGAAAGGAUGGAAAUGUGCGAAGUCGUCGCAUUGAUGAGCCUGAAGUUUGGGUCAAAAGCGGAUACCGAAUAUGACGAGAAGCAACCCAUCAGUGAGAAGGGAGAAUACAGCGAAAAGAAAGGAGCCGGCUCGUUCAGCCUGAGCAGCAUACAAACUGCAUGCCAGACUUUGCUACAUGUUCAGCAAGAUCAGAGCAAAAGACAAGGCGAGAUCAAGGACCUCCUGGAUAAAACCAGCAGCAAAGAAUCAAUCAAACAUCGCUUUAAGAAACUCAAACAACUCGGUCGCGGUGACCUCGAAAAGGCCCGCAAGGUACUAGUGAACAAGAAGACUGACUAUUUUGGCCAUCCGGCAUUAAACCCGUCAAUGAGUCAUCCUUUCUACAACCUUCUCCUGGAAGUGAAACACGGUAAAAGUUUCAUCAUGCAAUUCACGUUUGAGAUCAGGUGGAAAGCCGCAUGUGGGGACAGAAAGGCGACUGUGGCGGGACACUGGUUGCUAACGGGUAUCCUGCGGGUGACGGAGAAGGGUCUGGUACCGAAGCCCACGGGCAAAAUUACCAUGAGAUCUUGGGUCGUACAGGUAUCGGACAGCUUGCUAGAGCUCUGGGCGAAAAAGCCGAAGCACGUCGAGAAUUUCUUCAAGGACGCAUUCAGACCCGGUGAGGCUGACAGAUACACUGUCAGCGGCACAUAAUAUAUGCCAUUGGACACCCUCUCACUGGUAACUAUACUAUAUGCUGCGAGCUACAUAUAAAUACCUCGAAAUGGCGCGGAAUUGCAGCGACAGAUAUAAUGAGCCCGAGCGUGAAGCCUAGCAGUCAAAGCCUUCUUAUAUAAGUGAAG